AUGGCUCGUGGCUCGGGGAAUCUCCCCAAUCGCCCUGACCCCUCCCCCACUCUCCUCCUCGGUAUCGACGACUCUCCCUCUGAGACUGCUGGUGUCUUUGACAAGCAUCGUAGGGCCGUUGAGUGCCUUGCAGCUGCCCUCUCUGAGGAAGAUGAAGGUUCUGAGUAUUCCGGUGACUCCAUGGAUGAGUCCGAGGAGGAUGACGAUGAGGACAUGGAUUUGACUGAGGAGGUGGAUGACUCGACCACCCUUGGCCAUUUUCAGGAUGGUAUUCGGAAGGAGUCCUUGGCCCGGAAAGCCAGUAUUUCUCAGAUGGUUACUUUGAAAAAGGGAAGGGGUACUACUGGUAGAGAUAAGAUCAAUAGAAUCCGUCGCAUUAUGAGAGAGAAUCACGUGGAUUUGUUUGCUUUGGUGGAGACGAGGGCUAAUGAGGACCGGAUUCUUCGUCUUUGCAACCAGUUUGCCAGGGUUUGGAAUUGGGUUGCUAUUCCGGCCAAUGGCUAUUCUGGAGGGAUAAUUGUUUUUUGGCUUAAACAUCUUGGCAAGAUUACCCCUGUUGCCCACUCGCAUCGUGCUCUUCAUUUAGUCUUCUCUUCCUUUGCUGAUCAUCCUUGGAUUAUCUCGGUUGUCUAUAAUGCACAACACCUCAAGGUUCAGCAGCGUCUAUGGAAUGAGCUGUCGUCGGUUUCUAAACUUGAUCUUCCCUGCAUCGUGUUGGGUGAUUUUAAUGCUAUCACUUCCUCUGUGGAUCACAAGGAAUGCGGUCUCGCGAGACGGUGGGCUCGUCUCGACAGAUGCUUGGUCAAUGACACUUGGUUAGCUUGUUCCAACUCUAUUCAUCUUAAAUAUUUGCCCAAGAUCUUCUCUGAUCAUUCGCCCAUGCUUAUCAGUAUUAUGAAUGCUAAUCGCAAUUUCUUUAGUGUUUUUCGUUUUGAGAACUAUUGGUUGGAGCAUGCGAAUUAUGUUUUGGAAAUCCGUAAGGCUUUAUUUUCUGAUGCUCACUCUAAUCCCAUGCAUGCUUUCUUUCAUGUGUUGGCCCGUGUUAGGCGUAGUGUGUGUGCUAUCAGACAUUUAGGUUUGGGUGCUCUCGAUAAGGAAAUUAAGUCUAUUGAGGUCCAGCUCCAGGCUCUAGAGGUCGAUGAUAGGUUAAGUUCUUGCAUGGACCCGGUCUCUUUCCGGGAAUUGCAGAACAGAUACAGAGCUUUGUUGAGACAAUAUCACAGUCGGUGGGCUCAGAAGUCUAGGCUCAAUUGGGUUAUGAGUGGGGAUAUGAACUCUGCUUUCUUUCACAGAAGUGUCAGAGUUCGUAGACACCAUAACUCUAUUUCGAGCAUCUCGGAUAAUAAGGGUGGGUGCUUUAAUGUCCCUGAGCAAAUUGAACAAGUGUUCUUGGAUCAUUUUUCUACUCUUUGGAACUCUGCUGAUUCCAGAAGUACUGAGCAGGUUCUGGAAGCUAUACCCCCUGAUUUGCCCACUCUUACUUAUGAUCAACAGACUUUCCUUUCUAAGACUGUCACUAAAGAUGAGAUUUACGCCACCCUAUUAUCACUUCCUGUUGGUAAAUCUCCUGGGCCUGAUGGUAUGAAUGUUGAAUUUUACAAAUUUUUCUGGAAUGACCUUGAGAAACACUUAGUUCCUGCCAUUCUUUAUUUUUUUGAGAAGGUUGUGAUGCCUGGAGCCUGGGGCAGGACCUAUAUUACCUUAAUUCCCAAGAGAGAGCACCCCAAAUUUGUCUCUGAUUUUCGCCCGAUUUCUUUGUGUAAUGUGGCUUAUAAGAUUGUUACUAAGAUUCUUGCUAAUCGUCUUAAAAAUGUUAUUGCUUGCCUGGUUGGUAAGGAGCAGUGUGGCUUUGUGCCUGGCCGUUCUCCUGUUGACAAUAUUAUUGCGGUUCAGGAAAUGAUUCAUACUAUCAAUCAGGAUAGGACCACCCCCCCUAGGAUGAUUCUCAAGGUGGACAUUGAAAAGGCCUACGAUACUAUAAAUUGGAAUAUCAUUUACGCUACUCUUAUCAAAAUGAAUUUUCCUAGCAUUUGGAUUUCUUAUAUUCGUGCUUGUCUUGAGGCUUCGUCCUACUCUAUUCUUCUCAAUGGCAAGCCCUCUGUUUGGUUCUGUCCCCAUAGGGGCAUUAGACAAGGAGACCCUUUAUCUCCUUAUAUUUUCAUUUUGGUAGCCCAAAAUCUCACUACUAUUUUGAAUCAUGCUAGAUUUCUUGGCCUCAUUCCUGGUUUUUCUAAUAGCCUGACUUACAAUUUUAACCAUCUUAUGUAUGCGGAUGAUCUUAUCUUGAUUUCCUCGGUGACUCGUCGGGCUGCUAGAAACAUUGUUUUCUGUCUUAAUCUUUAUGCCCACCUUGCUGGCCAAGUUCCCAACCAGAUGAAGUCUGAGGUUUUUUUCCCUCACUGGUUCAAUAAAAGGGUCUCGAACAGAAUUUGCAAUAUCCUCAAUGUUAAACAUGGGAAAACCCCCUUCCUGUACUUGGGUGUUCUCAUCUCUCCCAAGCGGCUGGCUCUUGCCCAAUUCGACUCUAUGGUUACCCGGCUUAAUCGUGCGGUGGACAAUUGGGGUAAAGUUAAACUUUCCAAGGCUGGAAAGUCAAUUUUGAUCAACAGCAUCCUCAUGUCCACUCCCAUUUACUACCUUGCUGUUUACCCUAUUCCUGACUCUAUCCUGGCUAAGAUUUCCUUGAUUGCUAGGAAAUAUUUAUGGGCCAAUUAUGAUCAUGGCAGUGGUAUGCCCUUGGUGAAUUGGGACACUAUCACCUCUAGUAGAUCUGAGGGGGGGUUAGGCAUUCGCAACUUACUCAAGGUCAAGCAUUCUCUUAUGGCUAAGAAUCUUUUUAACCUUCUUAAUAAGCAUGAAAACAUUUGGGUGGAUAUUGUUUGCUUGAAAUAUGGGGAUUUUAACUUCUGGACCAUGAAACCUCCCCCUAAUUGCUCUGCUUUUUUCAGAGGUCUUUGCUACAAUGCCAAUGUUCUUAAGCCUUUUCUUUGGAUUAAUUGCCUUAAUCCUUCAGUUACAUCUUUCCUAUAUCACCCGUGGCUGUUUGAGACUCCUCUUGCUUUUAAACCGGUGUUUCUUAACAUGAAUAUUUUUGUGGAUGAUUUUCAAAUCAGUGAGUUGCUUGAUAAUGAUAGUUGGAAUCUGGAUACCUUAAAUUGUCUCUUUGGUACCAACUGGAACUCUCCCAUUAUCUCUUUUGGUAAGAUUUGCCAUGAGACUGAUAACCAUUGGGUUUGGUUUCCCGCCACUUGUAGUAACAGGCUUUCUUCUAAUAUUUAUAAGUUUCUUAAUAAAAACUCUUUGGUGGAUCAACAGUGGUGUGGUUGGUCCAAUAUUUGGAAACUUGCUAUUGCUCCUAAAGCUAAAUCUUUCAUCUGGCUGUUGAUGCAUGGUAAACUUAAAACAUAUGAUUAUCUUUAUCGUCUUAAUUUGGGUCCUCCCGAUCCUUGUGUGUUUUGUGGCUUGACUUUGGAAUCUUCGAACCAUCUUUUUAGACUCUGUAAUUUCAGUAUCCGGAUUUGGCAGAUGGUUGAGUCUCUCACCAACUGUAAGCCUCUUUUCUUAAAUGCUCUUGAUACUGGUGAGUGGCUUGACUUUAAUGUUCACGGCAAUUCUAAAUCUUUAGCUUCCAUUACUGCUGCCACCCUUUGGCAGAUUUGGAUAAGCAGGUGUAAUAAGAUCUUCCGGCAAGACAAUCCUGAUAUUUCUAAAAUUGCUAACUUGAUUAUGCUUCAUGUUAAAGAUUUCUCCACCUGUUCUGCUAAUUUUUUGUUGCGUAAUUAUAUGAUGAACAACCGGCCUCGUCCUGGUUUUUUGGGGGUUUUAUCUGCAGCUGCGUGGAACAAUGCAACAGGCUUUUGCCCUGCUCCAUUGGCUGUCAAACUGGAAUUAGAUUUGCAGGCUCUUUGCUGGGCUCUUCAACGUAUCGUGUCUGCGAGGGAGAAAUGCUCUAAUAUUUACACUAGUUCUGUGGAGCUGUGGCGGAUGCUUAUUCUCAAGGAGGAUUUGGUUUCUUGGCGUCAGUGUGCCUCUUUGGAUUACCUUGUCCAGCUGCUUAAUUGCCUUAAUCAGCCUCAUAUUGAAUCCAUACCCCAAAUGCGGAAUCGGUCUACUGCGAUGGCGAUCCAUGGUUGUGGUCUAUUUGUAUUUUCCUUUUUGGUCUUUGAGGGAGGAUCUACAUGGGUGGCAGCCCGGGUUGAAGCGCUGACUGGCCGGCCGGAAAAGCUUAAAAGAACUCCGUCUAACAAGGUUUAA